CGUAAAGUUUUACCGGCCUGGUCGGAAAACAAUCACUUUCGGCCUCCAUAUGAUGCACUUAAACCAGCUCAUUACAUCCAAGUGUGGCGAAAACAUCUUUUUCAAUUCACGCUUACGCCCUCAGGCUAGAAGUAAAAUUUAAACGUUAGUGCAAAAUCAUUGCCAACCUAACAACUCUAUAGUUCUCUGACUUGCAAAAUAUAACAUUUCUUUUCCCUCGAUAUAGAACAGUGGCUUGUACAUUUUGAUUUCUCUCUCUUAAUUAAUUUGGGCUAUAUGCUUACAUAAUGAAUAUUUUUAAUAGCUAAUCUUUGGUAAAUUUUAUUAACAAGAACCUAUUAGUCUUUUAGUACAUGAAACUUUGGGUUAACAAUCUUUGGUGGUAACGAGGCGGUUUCAUCAUUUGGCAGAUAAUUUUAUUUAUUUUCUCCCUUAGAUUUACAUAUUAAUAAUAAUAAUAUAAUACUUUUUACAAUAUGUUUACAUAUAACUCACAUUUAUAUGACACUUGAGCUUUUUUCUGGGGUAUCAACUUGGGCGAUUUAUCAGGCAUUGGCUACUUUGGUUUUGGCAUGGAACAAGGGAUCCCUUGGCUUCUGUAUUACUCAGCUGUCGCCAUUUUGAUGCUUCAAAGAUAUAUGGUAAGCUGGUUUUUAAAUUGGAAGUUAUUUAUUUUAUUGGUUUAUGAGUGAGGAUGGUGUUACAGAUGGCUUCUAAAUUUUCUAUUUCUUUAUUUCUAGGUGUUGCUAGUCGAAGUGGAUACUCGUCUGCUAAAUAGGAACUGGCAAAUGAAGUCCUCCAGGCUAUUGAUAUCUCGCAUCCAACUCUGGAAGAGCAUCUGUGGCUCGCCGAGUAAUAGACUGGACAGUUGGAAACACCAUACUAACCAAGAGAUUGGUGGUUGCAGAUGGCGGUUGAGUGGCAAUAUCGGAUGGCGAUUGGGUGGCGGCACUCUCCAUUCCCUCGGCGACGCUUGGAGCGAUCUGCGGAGACGCCGGCACCGGGUUGGACGCCCUCACUCCCUCAUCUCUGCCAGCUGGACUCUCAUCAGGAUUUAUUACAUCGACGACAUUAUCGAUCCUAGUGGAAGACAAAUGGGCCAGGUUCUGCGGGUCGAAAUUGAUGGAGCAUACGCUGCCUCCCUCUCUCUCUCAUGGGGUCUCCGCUGUAUUGUCCUGGGGUUGUUGGUUGGCUGGUGUCAUAGCCAUAGGGUUUUGGGGGUGGUCGCUGAAGUAGGAAAUUUGUGAGUUAGCCGGCAACUGGUUCAUGGUGACGUUAUUAUGGAAUACUUCGAAUAAA